AUGGCGCUCUCGCCCAAGUUCUACACAUGGCUCGUCGGCUGCUUCGCCGCCAUGGGCUCUAUGUUGUUCGGUUACGAUUUAGGAGUGAUCGCUGGAGUGCUGGUUGCUCCUGACUUCCUCAAGACGACGAACAACCCGGACUCGGAUUACCUGGGAUUCAUCACCAGCUCGAUGCUGCUCGGCGCCUUUGCCGGCUCCAUCCCCGCCUCGAUCAUCGCCGACAAGUACUCUCGCCGCUCGGCCAUCGUCGCCGGAUGCCUCGUCUUCCUGUUUGGUGGCUCGAUGCAGACCGGCGCCACCGGCCGUGAAGUCAUGCUCGCUGGCCGCUUCUUUGCCGGAUUCGGCAUUGGAAUGAUUGCCCUCCUCGUCCCCCUCUACCAGUCCGAGAUUGCCCACCCGUCGAUCCGCGGAAGUCUGACGACGCUCCAGCAGUUCUUCCUCGGCAUCGGUGCUCUCGUCGCCUCCUUUGUCAUCUACGGCUGCAGCAACAACUACCGGGGCACCGAGUUCGAGUGGCGCUUCCCGCUCGCGCUCCAGCUCGUCCCCGCCAUCCCGCUGGGCGCCCUCAUCUUCUGCUUCCCCGAGUCGCCGCGAUGGCUCGUCGCCCAGGGCCGCAACGAGGAGGCGCUGGCCGCCCUCGCCCGCCUCCACGCCAGCGGCGACGUGACCGACACGUUUGUCGUCGCCGAGCACGCCGAGCUGCAGCUCAAGAUCCGCGAGGAGGUCGAGUCGCGCUCGGCCUGGAGCGAGAUCUUUGGCGACGUCCAGUCGAUCCGCAAGAUCAUGAUUGGCAUCAUCCUCCAAUUCAGCGUCCAGAUGACGGGCGUCUCGGCCAUCCAGUACUACUCGCCCCAGAUCUUCUCCAACUUUGGCUUCAGCAACCAGCGCACCUUCCUCUUCCAGGCCAUCGCCUCGAUCUUUGCCCUGGUCGGCGAGGGCCUCUGCGUCGGCUUCGUCGACAAGGUCGGACGCAGGUGGCCCCUCAUCAUCUGCAACAUGGGCACCGGCCUCGUCUUCAUCGUCGCCGCCGCCCUCCAGGCAAACUACCCCUCGACCCCCGACAACCUCAACAAGGCCGCCUCGUACACCUUUGUCGCCUUCACCUGGCUCUUCCAGCUAUUCUUCUCCGCCGGCAUCGGCCCGCUCUCGUGGGCCGUCCCCGUCGAGAUCCUCAACACCAACAUCCGCGCAAAGGGCGUCGCCAUCACCAACCUCGCCUCCUGGAUCUCCAACUUCAUGAUCGGCCAAGUAACCCCGAGGGCCCUGGCUUCGGUCGGCUGGCGUUUCUACCUCCUUUUCGCCGUUUGCGGCUUCACCAACGCCCUCACAUUCUUCCUCAUCCUACCCGAAACUAAGGGGCGGACCCUAGAAGAGAUGGACGAUUGGUUCGCUCAGACGCCGUUCAUUGUCAUCCUGAGCAAGGCGAAGCCGAUCGACACCAAGGAGCGGGAGCGGCAGCUGGCGGCGGGCAUGGACGGUCCGGUGGCGCAGAGGCUCGGCCACAACGACUUUGAAAAGGACGGCAGCGAAAAGAGCAAGACCGAGUACCUCGACACCGCCUAA